AUGGAUAUAAUCUCUCAGCUACAAGAACAAGUUAAUUCGAUAGCAAAUUUAGCUUUUAAUACCGUUGGGACAUUGCAAAGGGAUGCACCUCCUAAUCGCCUCUCACCAAAUUACCCUGAGCCACCACCUGCACAGCCUACGGAGGAUGCGGCAAACUUUUCUGAAGAACCAAAGCUGAUGAGUGCUUCUUUGGUGAAAGCUGCUAAGCAGUUUGAUGCAUUGGUUGCAUCGCUUCCAAUAUCUGAGACAGGUGAAGAAGCACAGCUAAAGCGGAUUGCAGAACUCCAAGCUGAAAAUGAUGCAAUAGGCCAAGAACUUCAGAAGCAAUUGGAAGCCGCAGGACCUAACAUUAGUCCGACCUGCUGGAUUCGUUUCCGAGGGAUCAGAAUUGAGGACAUACCAAUUAAAUGCCGCCAAAGAAGAAAAUGCAGCCUAACAUGUAACAUUUUCUUUGGAUUUUUUAUGCCAGAGAAAGAAUUAAAUCAAGUUCAAGAGUUGUAUAGCCAAGCAACAGAUAAUUGUUUGAACUUGAAGAAACCAGAUAUCAGUUAA